AAUGGGUCCCAAGCCUUAUGAUGAUGGGCUUUUUAUUGAACCUGCUGGAGAUUAUGACGUUGUGUAUGGGGAUUACAAUUCUACAAUGACAGACGCAAAUACAGGCAAAAGGCCUUAUAUUCGCCUAACUGGAGGACUUCGAAAUAUGUCUAGACCUAUUGGAGGUGAAGUUAGGAUGCGUUGUGAAGCAACUGGUUCUCCUCUUCCACUUCAAUUUACUUGGUUAAAGAAUUUAGCCCCAUUAGAGAAAAGUAGAAGAUUUCGCCUUAAAAACAAAGAAAUGACUAGCAAGUUGGUUAUUGUGGAACUUGAUGUAUUAGAUUCUGGGUAUUAUCAGUGCUCGGCUAGCAAUGCUGCUGGAAGUGUUAAUAGUACUGCUGUGCUUAGGGUGGGGAGUUUUAUUUAA